UCUCUCCGCUCUUUUUACUUCGUAUGAUGGUGCGUUGAAUGACCGGCUGCAUGGUGACGAUUUUUCUGUAAACACUUUGAGGAGGAGGAAAGUUAGUUCAACUCCCAAGCUUCCAGCUUUCUAAAUCUGUGAGAACUACACUGUCACAGAGAGAAAGGUGAAGGAGGCCCACAGGAUGAAGUCCAAAGGUAAGGCUGUGAAACCGUCCAGGAGGACCUGGUCUGACCCUGAGCCAGAACUAGAACCGGACACAGAACCAGAACCGGGUUCCAGCGAGCAGGAGGGCUCGGAGGCCUCGGUCCGGAUCGGUGGCUCCUGGAGGGGUUCGCUGAGGGGCGGGGACGGCAAGCGGAAAAGAGGUGGAGGCCGGCGGCGCAGGCAGCACGGCUCCAGCACCAAGGAGCGCAGCGCCCGGAGACUAGAGAGCAACGAGAGGGAGCGCGAGCGCAUGCACAAACUCAACAACGCUUUCCAAGCGUUGCGCGAGGCCAUCCCCCACGUCAACACCGACAAGAAGCUGUCCAAGAUCGAGACACUGACCCUGGCGAAGAAUUACAUCAAAGCCUUAACCACAGUCGUCGUGGACAUGUCAGGGGACUGCCUGCCAGCCGGCGGGGGCCCGUCAGAGGCCAGCGCCGCCAAGCUGCUCCAGUGCUACCAGCAGCACCUGGAGGAGGAGGGGGGGGAUGAUCUCACCCAGUACCUCACCCACAUGCACAGCUUCAGCCAGCGCAGCUAACAGUGGCUGCAAGGUGGUUCGGGAGACCAGUGGGCCGUCUCCAAGGCAGAGAGAGGUGUGGGGAGAGCUUUAGGGCCAAAUCUCAAACCAUAUCCAUGUCCUUCAGAUGCACUGCUCUGGGGUCUGCUCAGAUGUGGUUCUCUGCAGGAAGUGGGUGCUGUUCCAGAUCAUGGACCUCUGACAUUCAACCCAUGCUUGACCAUAGCCAGAGGUGGGCUGUCUAGACUGCAACUUCAUGCAAAGCAUGAAAUAAUUUGAGCACAAUUCACCUCGCAGACAAAAAGACUGCAGACCGGAUGGUGAAGAGCAGAUUGUGGUUCUGAAGACUUAUCUGUUAUUGUACUCAGGGCUAAUCUUUCGCCAUUCUGUCUCUUUAGUUCUCAUCUUCUACGGUUUGAGCCAGGGCAGCAACUUGUUCUCUUUUUGUGUUAUCUUGUGAUCUUCUGUGUGUUUUCUGUUGAGAAACCUGCUGAGCGUAUAUAGCCUCUAGUCACAACUGUCACAUCGAGGAGGAAGAGAAAAGCAAGCGACAGGCCUGAAAACUGAAAUGUCCAAGAGUAUAGAAAGUGUGUUUGCUCAUUUGCUCACCACGACAAUCUACCAAUUUCAGAGCAUGUGUCUUCUUACAGGUUGCGCACCCAUAGCUGGAGGGCAAAGAUGAUAUCUAAAGUGUGUGUUAUUUGAAUUUUUUCGUGUCUCCACGUGGUGAAAAAGACCAGGAGAAGCUAUUUGGGGAGUUAUCAUCAAUAAACACAUUUAUUUAUUGACAAGGACUGUUACUUUGACCAUGCACAACACUUGAGAAAAGUACUCCACAAUGUCAACAGCACUGAUGUGUUGCACGCUACAGUAACAUAGGAUGAUGUUCGUUAUACAUGGUAAAAGACACCGAUCUCUGUACACUUUCAACAUUUCCAAAGGCUGGAUCAUAUUUAGACGAUUAUGAAAUGGGGGAAUUUAGCCGACCAUUAACAUAAAUGGAUGCCUGAACGGCUGCAUUUCAUCAUUGCAGCAAAGAAUAUACUUAUUGUCUAAUAUUAAUAUCUUACAGACUUAUAAGAAAAAUAUAGUGGGUGUUUUUUUUAAAACGUUUUUUUUCUAAUUGCUCAGUCAUUCUCCUACCAUCAGGAAGUAGACAGCAUGCAAAUAUUCUCCUGAGAAAGAGGAAGAUUCAACCACAAGACUUGUACAAGUAAGACAACAUACAAAUUAUAACAUUUCUUUAGAAAAUAACGUUAAAAUCCUUAUAAAACAUUAGUUCCCUGUUUGUAUAAGGCAAGCAGCAACAACCACAGGUAAAUAAAGCCAGUGCAGGUCUUGUUACAGCUGCUACAUGCUGGCUCCAAAAAACACUCAGAGUCUUUCAAAGUGGGAAAACUUUAAAAUUUCCUGAAAAAAUACAAAGUAACCUUUUUUUUUCGCAAGAUGUUUUGGGUCUCAGUUGCACCAAUAAAACAGACAUCAGCUUACAGAAAACAUAUGUUUUGGGUUGCUUGCCUUGAUUUCAGGCAGAACACAUAAUUGGAUUCUCUGGCUCCAAACUGUCUGGAUAGUUGAGAGCAGCACUACACCCAC